AUGAUAACAAAACACAAAUAUUUAUUGUACGAACUUUAUUGUGAACUGGUCUCAUUUUGAGAGUAAGAACCGGAAAAUCCAUGAAAAGUUAUUCGUUAUUCGAAAAAUUUAUGUGGUUCUCUUCCGUUUAAGACAAGUGUAUUCCGAUGACUGGAAAUACAGAUGAUCAACACUCAGUUUUUUUUAGUUCUGGAAGUUUGCUGAGAAAGCACCAAAAACCAGAAGGAAGGAGGCUUGUCAGGAAAAAUGGUAAAUCAGAAAUCACCCUCAUUGAACCUGCAGAUUUCGUAACGAAACACGAUAAAAGAUCAGAUUUAGUUCAUAGUCUGAUUGAUGCAAAGUGGAAAUGGACUUUCAGCGUUCUAAUAUUCACCUUCAUUUUUACAUGGGUGUUCUUCGCCGUCCUUUGGAUGGCUAUAGGCGUAGCAAAUGGAGAUGAAGAUGAUGCAGAACCGAUAUAUUCCCAAUGCUUGAUGGGUAUCAGCAAUUUCUCAGGAUACUUGUUGUUCAGCAUUGAAACACAAACCAGUAUUGGUUAUGGAAGUAGAUCGAUAACACAAAAUUGUUUUGGUUCUGUCAUUCUUGUCUGCUGUCAGAUCUUGAUCGGAAUGGGUCUUGGAGGGAGUAUGGUUAGCAUCGUCUACGCUAAAAUGAUAAGUCCUAAGACUCAGCACUCGGAUGUCAGCUUCACUAAACAUGCUGUGAUCUGCCAACGUGAUGGGGAACUCUGCCUCAUAUUCAGAACGAGAGACCCUUCCAGAAAAUAUGAGUUCCAAAACUCGAUCAGGGCGUUCUUGAUCAAGAUGAGGAAUGGGGAUUAUUUGCUGAAAACGUUAAAGUUAGAGCCAAUAGGUAUCAUAUUAUGGCCAACAGAGAUUGUACAUAGAAUAACAGAAACUAGUCCUUUUUGGGAUCUUUCUGCCAAAGAUCUCGUUUCUAGAAAAUUCGAAAUAGUGGUUGUUAUGGAGGGUACAGCCCUGUCCACCAACCAACCAUCAAGAACUGUAACCUCGUACCUCAGCAACGAGAUUCUAUGGGGCAACACUUUCAGAUCGUGCGUGAAAUACGACACAAAGAAGAAAAGCUACAAAGUGUCGCACAAACGUUUCAACGCAACUACCGAGGUCUACACACCACUAUGUAGUGCGAAAAAAUUGUUCGAAAUUUACUCCGAAAUUGUCCACCACAGAAGCUACUCAACCUCGACCGAGGACAGUCCAGAGGAGGCAAAUCUGAGCACUAGUGUUUCUCCCGAAAGUGGAAUAGCAGUAUCGCCCCUCUUAGAUAGGCAGGGAGGUCAAGGGGGAACGCAUUACGAAAGUUCCGACUUUUCGUCCUCUGAAUCUUUCGACGAAGAAGAAGAAAGAAGUAUGAUGAGUCGAUUUCAGAUAAGAAAAAAAUCGUCAGUUAUAGUGUCUUCUCUCUUGGAUAGUUUGCAAAAAUAUGUCAGUAAUGACAGCUCGAAGAACAAUACGAGUGGUAGAAAAAACCCACCUCUUGAGACUGCGUUAUAGAUUAUAGCUUUUGGAAAUAUAUCUAUCGUUUAAAGAUUUAUUUAUGUACGUUCAGAGGUAUCAGGGGAGGCUAAGCCUCCUCAUAAAGCUGAGCACCAAAAUUCAUAAUGUACAUACAUUUCUAACCCAUCACAAUUAUUGUCAUUGUCAAUAAAUUAAAUAAAUAUAUUAUGGAAAGUCUGA